AGUUUCAACCAGAUACAUUCUGCAUCCAACAGUCCGCGUACAGAGAUGAGUGAAAGCGUGAAGGAGCCGACGGUUGAGUCGCUGCUCAAGCAGCUGGAGGACGAGAAGCGUAAGAAUGCUUCACUGGAAAGAAACAAUGCCGAUUUGAAGAGGAAGAUGGGGAUUCAACAAUCCCAAAUUGAAGCGGAAGCCGAGAGAAUCACGAAUAAGCUGAUGCUCCGAAUCGAAGAAAUCGAGAAGGAGAAAGCUACGAUGCGUCUUCAGGUUGAAGCCGAAGAGCGAAGGCUUGAGCAUGAGAAGAAAGAGCUGGAGACAAAAUUACAACAGAGUGCUGCUCACCUUGCAAGGCUCAAACACGAAAAAGAGGCUCUUGUGCGCCAGGUAGAGCAGGAAGAAGAAUUCCUCACCAACACUCUGCAGCACAAGCUCGCCAAGGUUCUGGCAGAAAAAGUAGAGAUAGAGAACGAGCUUGAGCAGGAGCAAGAAUACAUCUCCAACAGACUGCAGAAGCAAGUUGUUGACACGCUCAAAGAGAAGCAAGAUAUGGAACGCCGACUCGAAGAGGAGAAGGCCAAGGUCCUAUCUAUGGAAGAAGAAAAGAAGAAGUUAGCUCGACAGUUACAAUCCCUGCAGCUCAAUAUUGAGGUGGAAGAAGAGAGAAUUUCAAACACCUUGGGCAAGACUGUGGACCAAAUCAAGAGUGAGAAGGAAGCGCUGAUUCAGAAGCUUGAAAAGGAGAAGGCCACAGCUUCAGCGCUCAGCAGGGAGCACGAGCUGCAGCGUCUGGAGUUGAAAAAGCUUCAGGGUACAAACUACGUCAUGCAACAAAGGAUUGCCAAGGAGUCAAAACGGCUCACUGAGAUGCAACGGGAGAAGUCUCUGAUCGCACAGAGACUCGAGGCUGAGUGGGAACGCCAUUUCAACAUGAUGGUUCGCGAAAGAUCCUGUUAUCCUGCUUUCAAUCGUGCCACCUCUCUGGAGAAGUGGAACCUUGCCGAGAUGGAGGCUGUUGACCUCUGCGACAAUAGCUGGAACAGUGUGGAUCCGGACGGUGAUGUGCUGGGAGAAUUGAGUCUCACUCCGAGAAUUUUCCGGGAGAAACGAAGAAGCGGCAAGUGGGAGUCCCAGAGUUUGCCCUCUUUCAGCCCGAGAUUGAGUCCCUAUCCUUCACCUCCGGCCACACCUUACAGCUCAAGGUCCAGAUCUCCGGCCCUGAAUCGAUCCCGUGAGUAUCAAUGUGCCUUGUCUCGGAGCAUUUACAAACAGAUGCAGGUGAUAUAACUCCCACGGGCUCCCGUUCGCAAUCGCCAUCAGCACGAUCAUCUCACAGCAGCAUUGUGUCGGCAGCUGAAACUGCAGGACACAUUUCCUUUCCGACAAAGAUGACUGGAAGUCUGCAUAGGCUCACUACGAACCCGCUCGUUACAACCUUUCCGCAACAUCCUUAACGGCUCGGUUGAAAUCCAUUCGUGUGACUCAGUUGGUCCCGUGUACUCUAGAUGGCUGAUAACGUUAGUGUAAUGCCAUAACGCU